GUGUGUUCUAACAACCAAAGAACCCACAAGUCAUCUUCUGCCAUUUGUGUUCAUGUUGCAUGAUGGAAAACUAUCCCAAUUUGACGAAUGAGGCCCUACCAUCGAUUCUGGCAUGUGCUUACUAUAGGCAAGCCGAUAUUGUUGCGUCUGCUAGAAGAGCAUUAGUACGAGUUUGCUCCAGAGGCUUUGUCGUAGAGGAUGUUAAGCCGCUACCGUCAAAAAGUAAGCCAUACUGCAGAUGGAACGCGGAGUUCCGAAUGUUGAACCACCAAUUAUUACCACAACCAGGAGAGGAACUGAAAAUGUUAUCAAAACAACUCAUGAAGUAUAAACCAAUGAAUUCAAAAUUUGUAAGCAGACAUCCAGUAAGUGCCUACGGGAUUGCGAUUAUUUAUGCUUGUGACCCGUGCCCAUGUCAAUCAGGUCAGGAUUUUGAUGACGCCACAUUACCACCUAAAAUGUGGCCAACUGAAAUAAAAAGAAAUGACGGGGAUCUGAAUAUCUGCUGGUUAUUUCAAGAGCAGUACUUAACUAGAUAAUUAUUUUGUUUCUUAAUUUAUC